GGGUGGGGGGAUGGCAUGGAGUGGCAUAGGAAGAGUCGUGUUGACCAGUUAAAGUAUGAUGUCCAGCACCUGCAGACUGCUCUCAGAAACUUCCAGCAUCGGCGAUAUGCAAGGGAGCAGCAGGAGAGACAGCGAGAGGAGCUUCUGUCUCGCACCUUCACCCCCAACGACUCUGACACCACCAUACCAAUGGAUGAAUCACUGCAGUUUAACUCCUCCCUCCAGAACAUUCACCACGGCAUGGAUGACCUCAUUGGAGGCGGGCACAGUAUUCUGGAGGGACUGAGGGCCCAGAGAAUGACCUUGAAGGGGACUCAGAAGAGGAUCCUUGACAUUGCCAACAUGCUGGGCUUGUCCAACACAGUGAUGCGGCUCAUCGAGAAGCGGGCUUUCCAGGACAAGUACUUUAUGAUUGGUGGGAUGCUGCUCACCUGUGUGGUCAUGUUCUUCGUGGUGCAGUACCUGACAUGAGCCAGCUAAGCCCAGCAGCUGGACAACGUUCCCACUGCAUGAGCGUGUGUGACUGUGUAUGUGUGCGUGAAAGAGAGAAGGGGAGCCCAGAGGCCAUGUUUUGAAAUGUAUGUCCGUCUUAACUGUGAAAACCACUCAGAAGUAAUUGUGAUCUGUAACCCAGUGAGCGUUUCAAACCUGCUCUGUUUGUGACAUCUUGGAGAGGAUGCAAGUGCUACCAAGAUUCACGGUGCGUAGGAAAUGAACGAAGUACCUGUUCUCUCUU